AUGAGCGCCGCGCGGCCACGUGAGGGCGCGGGCUGCGUCACCUGGUGGGGUUUUAGCCCUGCGCGCGACCUACUGAGUGUAGGCCCCGAGAGACAAGAGGGGCAUGUCAAUGUUUUGCUGGUGGGCAGCGCAGAUCCAAGACACAUUCUGAAAACCAUUGCUGGUUUACGGGAGACAGACAGCCUUCAUAUUUGGGUGAUAGAAAACAGUAUGGACGUGGUGGCAAGACAUUUGGUGCUGCUCUAUCUGUCUCUAACACCCCAGGAAAGCAUGGGUCUACAUGAGAAGACUGAGGUUUUCCUGGAGGUGUUUGGCAACAGUGAGAUCCGCAGCCAUACAGAGGAGAUACUCAGACAUGCGGCAUCACAGCUCUCUCUGUCUGUAAAUGACACACCGGACACAGCCAAGAACUCCUGCCUGGACACAACUUCACUCAAGUACAAAGAGCGAGAUGAGCUGGUUAGGAUAUUCAAGCUAUGGAUCAAGCCUUCAUCUACCAAAUCUCCAUCUGGCCAUGUUGUUCCUGUCUCUAUAACUAAGGCCUGGGAUGGACGGGUCAGGCAGCACCUGGGAACACGCUACGAUUCCAGGAGGGGUUCCUUCGACUGGGACUUGGCCAUGAAGCUACACCAGAAAGGGUGUGGUGUCAUCAACAAGCAGCAGUAUGUUCGAUGGAGGGAACGGGGCGUGGCGUUUGACAUGAGGGAAGGUGCCUAUCAAACAACCAAUGCAACUUUGCUCUCCACAAGAAUAUUCAGCCAUAGGGGUGACAAACUUGCAGCUCAAGGCUACUGGGGAGACAUUGUUUCCAGUCCCUACCUCUCCUUUGGCAUUGAGACUGAGGACAAAAGCCUACUGAAGACACAGAAUGGGCAACAUGUAAAGACAGCCCAGGAUAUCUCCUUUGCAAACGUCCAGGCAUUAUUACAACGCUUGUCCUGUAGGAGGAGCAGUCCCACUACUUCUCAGUCAGACACAGAGAAAACAGAGGCAGAGGAGCUGCCCUCACAGCCAGAGGGUUACCACAAAUCUGUCAGCAUUAAUGAUCUGAUGCAUCUGAAUAGGAUCUCUGUGACCUUCCUGCCCAUGGACUCUCUCUCCAAAUUACCAGAAAAACAGAAAUACUCUCAGUUCUUCAACACCAUCUACUUCUCUGCCAGCUUGGUGCACCAGUUGGGCCUGACGCUGAGACAGAUUGCAGCACCAAAAGCUGUGCUCGUCGUGGAGCUGGCCAAGUAUCUAUUGGAUCUGAAUAAAGAGCAAGAAGCAGGCUUUGCGCAGAGAGUGGCGAGCAUGGCUCAAGAGGCUGGAUUUGAGCCACGGCACGAGGCAAAGAGUGACGACGCCUUUGCCACUUUCACACUGCAGAAAGAGUAA